GCGUCGGCGUACGAGGAGGGUCAGCAGGGCACCAGCAGCGGCGACGUGGCCAGCCCCUGCAGCAACGGCAGCACCAGCACCAGCAUCAGCGCGAGUGUGUUGAGCGUGGCCGGCACCGCCCCUGGCGACGAGAUAUAUGCGCUGCUGCUGGAUGGGCAGGACAGCAGCAGCAGCGCUGGCGUUAUCUCUGCCGCUGGUGACAUCAUUGCCGCGGCAGUGGCGCACGGCCUGGCAGCAAAGGACGGCGGCCGCGACUUUGUGGCCGGCCUGGUGGGACGCCACAGCAGCGGCAGCGACGAUGACGUGAUUGGCGCCAGCCAGUGUGCCAGCGCAAUUCCAGGAGACAAGGAGAGCCGGGUCAGCGACGGCAGCGGUGGCAACAGCCGCUUCAUCAAAGCGGCAGAUUUCCAGCUGCGCGGCGACGCCGCCGUUCUUUCUGCAUGCCUCGCCCGCCGUGCGAAGGCUGCGGCGGCCGUGGCAGCUGCAGCUGCCAACAGGUCAGCCCCAAUGAAGACGUUUGGCCGCGACACGGCAGCGGGGUAUCGCAGAAGUGACGCUGUGGUGGGCUGCGGCGGGGCGGAUGCCGGGGCGCUUGUCGCUGCUGUGCGCGACGAGGCCUCGGUGGCGGGCGAGGUGGCCCUGGUGAGCGGCGUGCGCCCUGCGCCUGCUUGCGGCUGCUUGCCUAUCCUGGGGCUGCGCGGCCGCGGCGGCAGGGCGGACGGCCAGGGGGGUGCGGAUACGGACAAGAGCAGCAAGGGAGAGAGUGGUAGCUGCGGCAGCGGCGGCGGCGGCAGCGGCGAGCAGGCCCUGCGGAGCGGCAAGCCCUGGAUCCACGGGGUGCUGGGGGAAGUGAAAGGUGGUAUGAGGCAGGGGGUGCCGCGCCUGAGGCGCAGCCUGAAGGCCGGCCUGAGGGGCACAAAGCAGGCGCUGCUGCAGGCGGGGGACUCCGCAGUCAAGGGCCUGGAAUCGGCAGCUCCGUCUGGCGAAGACGGCAGGGGUUGUGCGCCGGGUUGGGCGCAUAUUGGCGUUCGUUGCAUGGGGGGCCUGGUUCCGCGCCCCAUGCAGUUCUGA